GCGCAUGCGCAGUCCGGUGGGAAAGUUGAAGCUAAACUUCGUAGUUAAAAGAGGGAGAGAAAAAAAAUAGCCGAAUUAUUACAAAAGUAGCCGGGAGCAUGGCGUUUCGCCGACGAAACAAGAGUUACCCUUUCUUCAGCCAAGAAUUCCUCGUCCAAAACCACGCCGACAUCGUCUUCAGUUUGGUGAUAUUCAUUUUGAUUGGGUUGAUGUUCGAGGCUACAGCAAAGACAGCCAUAUUUUUUAUUCAGCCACAGUACAAUGUCACCACACUGUCACCAGAGGGAGAAGUGACGAUGUAUCAUUACGGAUGGAAGGAUUGUGCCACUGUCGUUUUCUACUUCUUCAUCGCCAUCAUCCUCCAUGCAGUGGUGCAGGAGUAUCUGCUAGAUAAAAUCAACAAACGUCUACAUCUGUCAAAGAGCAAGAACACCAAGUUCAACGAAUCGGGUCAACUGUGUGUGUUUCACUUGGUGUCCAGUGUGUGGAGCUUCUACGUCCUUAUAACGGAAGGAUACAUUUUGCAUCCCAGCAGACUUUGGGAAAAUUAUCCACAUGCACACCUCAGGUUCCAAGAGAAGUUUUUCUACCUCACUCAGCUGGCCUACUGGCUCCACGCUUUGCCUGAGCUUUACUUUCAAAAAGUGCGCAAGGAAGAUAUUUCUCGCCGGCUGCAGUACAUCAGCUUGUAUCUGCUGCACAUCUUGGCAGCAUAUUUGCUAAAUUUGAACCGCGUCGGCCUGGUGCUCCUCUUCCUCCAGUAUCUGUCGGAGUUGGUCUUCCACAUCGCCAGACUCUUCUACUUCACGGAUGAAAAUCACCAGAAAAUGUUUGACCUUUGGGCUGUCGGUUUCGUGUUUACUCGCAUGUCAACGCUCACGCUCAUGUUUCUCGUCGUGGGUUUCGGUUUGGCUCGUUCCGAGAACCAAGUGCUGGACUGGGAAACGGGCAACUUUAACAAUGUGCUCAUAAGGCUGACUGUUCUUCUGUUGGUAUAUCUGACACAAUCCUGGCUGCUGUGGAAAUUUAUCCGCUUCCAGCUGAGGCGCUGGAGGGAGUUCCGUCACGAGCAGGCCUCCCGCAAGAAGACCGCCACCAAACAACCUCUGCGGCCACUCAAGCGGGACUCACUUGGGCAUUAUGAAAACGGAUUUCUUAAAGCUGAGAACGGAGCCUCUCCCCGGAUCAAAAAACUCAAAUCCCCGUAAAAAAAACAACAAAAAAAAACACUGACUGAGCUGAGCUGAGCUGAGCGGGGGGUGGGGGGGAGCUUGGUUGAGUUCUAUCCCGACACGCUCCAGGGAACUCGGUCACUACAGACUUAGCCUUGAACGCUGGAAAAAAAAUGAAAUUCCAAGGAAGUUCCUUGACCUCAAGAGACAUCCUCUCCUCGUCAUAUCAGUAUUUUGUCGUUUUCAUGCAUUUACAUGACCUGCUUCCCCACGUCAAGCAGCACCGUCGUUCCGGUGCGGGAAAAAAAACCCAGAAGUGUACAGCAAACACGGUAUGUAGCACAUGUUACUGUGUAGCAACUUUUGAAUGUUGUCGUUUAUCCUCAUAAGUACUGUAUCGCUUGUCUGAUUGCCAUUGAGCCAGCUUUGCUUCUUUUCCACUCGGGGCCCAUUGGGCCGGGAACUUGUUACUGAUCAGAGAACAUACACGUUUGCUUUAAGGUAAGGGGAGGGGGUUUUGGUCAUCCAAAUACUCGCGUCCGAAGCGCCUCCUAAUAAAUCAUGUCUCGCAUUUGUCAUCCAAGACGAGCAUCGUCACGUAUGUCACUGCAUGCCAUUCCAUGAAUUGUUAAUAUCCUUAAUGAAUAAUGCCAUUUUUCUGACAAA